CCUGCUUUUUCUGUGUUGACAGGAACUCAUUGCUUUAGGCAUAUGCAAUUCUGCAGGAUCGUUUUUCCAGACCUUUGCUAUAACUUGCUCAAUGUCCCGGAGUCUUGUCCAGGAGGGCACUGGGGGAAAGACUCAGGUUGCUGGUACUCUGUCCUCAAUCAUGGUUUUCCUGGUCAUUGUUGCCAUUGGUUAUCUGUUUGAACCACUGCCACAGGCUGUGCUUGCAGCAAUUGUAAUGGUCAAUCUUAAAGGCAUGUUCAAACAGUUUCAAGAUAUCACUCGCUUCUGGAGGACCAGCAAGAUUGAACUGGCUAUCUGGAUUGUAGCAUUUCUGUCCUCAGUUUUUCUGGGGCUCGACUACGGUUUGCUCACUUCUAUAACUUUUGCAAUGAUUACCAUCGUGUACAGAACACAAAGUCCACAAUACAGAAUCCUCGGCCAGAUUCCCGGUACAGACAUUUACUGUGAUAUAGAAGAGUAUGAAGAGGUGAAAGAAUGCCCUGGAAUCAAAAUAUUCCAGGCAAAUGCAUCGCUCUAUUUUGCUAAUAGUGAUUUAUAUAUCAAUGCACUGAAGAAAAAGACUGGUGUUGAUCCCUGUGCAGUCUUGGCAGCAAGGAAGAAAGCCCAGAAAAGGCACAGAAAGGAACUGAAGCACCUUCAAUGA